UCUUCUUCUCUCUCUACACUCUCUCUCUCCAAACUGAAACUGCUCUCUCUCUCUCUCUCUCUCUCUCUCACCCCACAAUCAACAGAAUUCAAGAUUCCUCCCUCUGACCUUUAUAUAAAACCAACCAAACCUCUUUCUUCCACCAUCAUCACCAAACAGCACAAACCUUACGCCCCCCUCUAUUCCAAUACUUUUUUCCUAAAACCCUAAUUUCAAUCAAAUCAAUGUUCACAACCCUAAGCCUACCUUCCAUGACCCCUCUACGGCUGUCAUCGGAAAAUACCAUCAUUCACCCCUCCCUCACCAGAACCACCACCCGAUCUGGCCGCCAAACCUCCUCCUCCUCCGGCCGACACACCUGUAAAGCCGUGUGCGCCGAAACGGCGCCGGCGUUGGAACCGAGGAAUCAACGGCAACGAGGAGGGAGCCUGUACGAGGUCCUGCGAGUGAAGAGGAACGCGUCGGUGACGGAGAUCAAGACGGCGUACAGGAGCCUGGCCAAGCUGUACCACCCGGACGCCGUCGUUUCGGAGUCGGCGCCGGACGGCCGCGAUUUCAUCGAGAUUCACAACGCCUACGCCACGCUGUCCGACCCGACGGCCAGGGCGAUGUACGAUCUGUCUCUGGGAUCAGGACGCCGGCCGUUCGGAUAUACAGCCGCGGGGGGCGGGUACCAGUCCGGGUUUUACCCGACCCGGAGAUGGGAAACGGAUCAAUGCUGGUAGCGUAGGGUUUUCGUUUUUUACUUUUCUUCUUUCUUUCUUUUUGGUCUUCUUGGGGAUAUUUACAUAUACAGUUAUGGAGUAAUAGCCGCGUGUGCGCAUAUUUUAACGACACGACAGUGGCCAUUGUAGAGAGAAAAAUUAUGUCUUCGGAAGAAAAUGAGUAAAUAUUAAUCCGCUGUUCCUUUC